AUAGCUGAAGUUGAUCCUGCUGAUACUCUGGCAGAGUUAAAACUCACCAAGGAGAAGGCAGAGGAAGUUCAGAAGAUCAGGGCCAACCUCCCAACUUUCUCCCAAGGCAAUCUUCUAGAGGACGAACUUGCGAAACUACCAACUGAAAAGCCGUUCAGGGCUUUCGUUCACAACAUGGCCUACUCCGCGACUGAGGCUGACGUUGCCGAAUUUUUCGCACCCUUGGAGAUAACGAAUAUCAAUCUUGUUAGCGGAGAAGGCGGAUCGAGAGGCUUCUGUUUUGUGGACUUCGCCACUCAAGAUGACCUGGCGAAAGCUCUCAUGCGACGGGACUGCUCGCUUGCAGGUCGUCAAGUUAAUGUUCGGAUUGCAGCACCGAACAAUUCUGACAGGGGAGGUGGCUUUGGGCGCGAGCGUAAUAUGUUCGGUGGACCCCGACGUAGUGACCAACCUUUUGAAAGACGCCGGGGUGGUUACAGACCUGCUGCACUAAGAGAAGACUCUGAUCCCGCGGAUGAUCUCGCUAGCGGAGGUGAUUGGCGUCGUGGUGCCGUCGUCGGCCGUGGCGGUUCAUCGUCAUCAUCAAGCUUUGGCCGACCGGCCUUUGAACGAUCCGGUUUCGAACCGCGCCCACCGCCCAGACAACCCGUUAUUGGAGGUGAUAGUACUUUCGAACGCCCGAAGUUGAAUUUGUUGCCGCGGUCAAUACCACUCACUUCAAACCAAGACGAUCCUCCUCGUGAUCCGAAAAUUUUCGGUCUUGCUAAACCGGUCGAUACAGCUUCCAAAGAACGUGAAAUCGAAGAACGUCUUGCUGCCUCUGCAGCUACUAGUGUCCAAUAG